AUGGCUCAGAUUCCCAACCUAGAGAAUGCUCCCGUCAAUCUCACAUCCAUCAGGGAACACUCGCAAAAAGAGCUCAUCAACAUCCUCAAGAAUGUUAGAGGAAAAAAGUGUUUGGUCAUUGAUCCCAAGCUUGGAGACUCUCUCUCGCUUAUCAUACAGUCAUCAAUUCUCAAGGAGCAAGGGGUUGAGUUGCGGCAUCUUUCGGCUGACCCAAUUCAAAGUGACUGUACAAAAAUUGUUUUCCUUGUGCGCUCUCAGCCGGAUUUGAUGAGAUUCAUAUGCUCUAAUGUUCACGAUGAUGUAUCUAAAGGACUACAGAGAGAAUAUCAUGUUUAUUUUGUCCCCCGUCGCACUGUUGUUUGUGAGAAAGUCCUUGAGGAUGAGAAAUUACAUGAUAUGUUUACAAUAGGGGAAUAUCCAUUGUAUUUGUUGCCAAUGGAUGAGGAUGUGCUAUCGUUUGAACUUGGUCUUUCUUAUAAAGAAUGCCUGGUUGAUGGCGAUGCAAGCUCACUUUGGCAUAUUGCAAAGGCCAUUCACAAACUUGAGUUUUCUUUUGGAGUGAUACCAAAUGUGCGGGCAAAAGGAAAAGCAUCUGUGCGUAUUGCAGACAUCCUAAAUCGAAUGCAGGCUGAAGAGCCGGUUAACUCAUCUGAUAUGGUUAUGCCAGAGAUAAAUACAGUAAUCCUCUUGGAUAGAGAGGUGGAUAUGGUUACUCCUUUGUGUUCCCAACUAACGUAUGAGGGGCUACUUGACGAGUUUCUUCACAUCAACAAUGGUUCUGUUGAGAUUGAUGGAUCUAUUUUGGGUCUUCCACAAGAUGAAAAAAAAACUAAAGUCCCACUUAAUUCAAGUGACAAGCUUUUUAAGGAGAUACGGGAUCUCAACUUUGAAGUUGUAGUCCAGAUUUUGCGUCAAAAAGCAACAUCCAUGAAGCAAGACUACACAGAUAUGACAACAACAACGCAGUCGGUUUCUGAGUUGAAGGACUUCGUGAAAAAGCUGAACUCAUUGCCAGAGAUGACUAGGCACAUAAAUCUUGCUCAGCAUCUAUCAACAUUCACAUCAAAGCCAACUUUUCUCGGGCAGCUUGAUAUGGAGCAUACAAUUAUUGAGGCCCAAAGUUAUGACAUAUGCUUUGAGUAUAUUGAAGAAUUGAUCCAUAAGCAGGAGUCAAGAAGCAAUUGGCUUACUAUAAAACGUACUCUGGAGCUUGUGGUUGAAGACACUGAUACAGCCAACCCCAAUGAUAUUGCUUACGUCUUCUCCGGAUAUGCACCACUUAGCAUUCGUCUUGUCCAGCAUGCCAUUCGAUCUGGAUGGCGCCCUGUUGAAGAAAUUUUGAAACUGCUGCCUGGACCUCAUUUGGAAACUAGAAGGGGAGGGUUCUCAAACAGCCUAUCAUUUGACACUUUAUCAGGGAUUCCAACCAGCAUGGCAAAAGUACCUGAUGGAAGGCGUGCCCUGGUCCUUGUUGUCUUUGUUGGGGGUAUUACUCCUGGAGGCAUGCCUCCAUUUUCAAAGUCCAUAUUGGAGGAAGGAGCUGCCAUUAAGGCAUUUAAGCUUGUUGAAAAAGGCGUCUUUCAAGAACAGGGAAUUAUUAAACUUUUACAGUUCCCAGGCUCCGAUAACACUGAUCCUGGCCAUGUUCUGAGCUUAAUCUCCACUGCUAAAAUACUUCGACAUUGCAGUAAUAAAUCAAAUCCUGCAGUCAGAAGUUUUUUGACGGAUGCACUACGACACGAUGGAUUGAAUGCUUCUGCUUGGUAUAAUCUUCGCCAAGAGUUUCGGAGGUUGGGAGGAUUCAAAUUCUGCAUUAUGAUAAUCCUGCAUCAAAUGAAGUCUGUUCCCGGCUCAGCUCGGCUUGUUUGUGAAAGACGUAGGAAUGCCGCAUCUUGGUUUUAA